UCUCUCUCUCUCUCUCUCUCUCUCUCUCUCUCUCUCUCUCUCUCUCUCUCUCUCUCUCUCUCUCUCUCUCUCUCUCUCUAAGAUAUGGAGCACUACUAUUUCAAACUAUUUGUGUGCAUUUUGGUGGUUUUAUUUGGUAUUGCAAAAUGUGACAUAGAGAAAGAUAAGGAAAAAUGUGCAAAUGAGUUGUUAGGAAUAUCAACUUGCCUUCCCUAUGUAGGUGGGGAGGCCAAGGCCCCUUCAAUGGAUUGUUGCACUGGUUUUAAACAAGUGUUGAGGGACAACAUUGAGUGCAUAUGCAUAUUGAUUAAGGAUAGAGAUGAUCCAAGUCUUGGCCUUAAAAUUAACGCGACUCUUGCACUCGGUCUUCCCACUCGUUGUCACGCGCCCACUAAUCAAACCGUGCAAGACUGCCCCGCUAUCCUUCAUCUGCCACCAAAUUCACCGGAUGCAAAGGUGUUUGAGGAUUUAGCAAAAAACACCAAGAAAAGCAACGUUACUUCACCUGCUCCUGGGAGUUCACCCAAUGGGACCACAACAACAACAACGACUUCAAUAAAUGCUGAUGAGAAAAAUGGUGGAGGAAGUAUAAAGAGAUGGUUAGGUACUCAAUUGGUUUUGCUAGCUCUAAUUGCAGCUCAAGUAUUGCCUAUUAAUAUUUGAUUAAUUAAAAGUAUAAGAAAAUAAAUGUUUUAUAAGUACUAUCAUUCGAUUCUCAAUAAAAUUUGGAUGAUGUUAUAUACUUAUGUUUCAUGUGUAUAAAAUUCAUGUGCAACGGUGAUCAAUGACGAAGGCAAGACUUUGGAAUUUCAUGUAUUAUAUAUGUGAUGUAUUUAGGUCUUCUUUUCCCGAUUGUAGCUUGAGCUUACUUUCAUGUUUACAAAAAUACAUUUAGUCUCUCAUGUUUCAAUAAUUUAAUAUUUUUGGUCA